AUGGAGGGGCAGAAGGGUUCUUUACUAGCACGAUACGAUUCAAGGUACUACUACUUUAACACUUACGCCGUUGCGAACCGUAAACCCGCUUGCCAACAGUACUCCGAAAUAUUAAACCACGAACCAGCCAUGGCUGAGGGAGAUAAAGCUAUAGCAGGAAUACCGGAGCCUAUUAUUGGCAAGAUAUUUCCCGCAUCCAACUCUCCAAGAAGAAUUGUUGCAUCUAGCAUCGACUAUAUUCGGAUAUAUGGGCCAAAAAUCGACAAGUGGAUGGAAGAUGUGGUGGAUUUCGAAGAUGAUGUCCCGCCAGAUCACCAGGUUGAGAUAAUUGGGGGUACAAACGUCAAGUUCCAGGCCGUAUAA